AUGUACCUUUUCGAUGGGAGUUUUUUUGCUACCUGGCCUAUAUCUGUCUGCACGGCUAUUGAAAGAAGAGUGAAUAGAUAUUGGUGGGGGACAGGAACUGACCGUGGUAUUCAUUGGAAAGCAUGGGACAAGUUGUGUAUCCCAAAGAAAUAUGGGGGGCUGGGAUUUAAGGACUUAAGAACUUUUAAUCUGGCAAUGUUAGGUAAGCAGGCAUGGCGGAUGCUUACUAAUACUGACUCAUUGGUGUCUCGUGUAUAUCGAGCCAGAUAUUAUCCCAAACAUACCUUUUACAAGGCAAGUCUGGGAAAUAAUCCCAGUUUUUAUUGGCGCAGUAUUAUGGCAGCUAAGGAAGUGGUGUGUGGUGGAGUAAGACGGCGCAUUGGGACUGGAAAUUCUACGCUAAUCUGGGAGCACCCGUGGCUCCAGGAUGAGUUGGACCCUAUGAUCCAUACAGAGAUGCCACCCCAAUUAACAGGAGCUAAACUGCAAUUCUUUAUCAUAUCUGGAAAACACGGAAUGGAGCGGUUUGAGAUGCUUGCUUACCUUUGCCCAGAAAAAUUGUUGCCAACGCAAUAG